GCAGGAACCACCAACUCCAAUGGAAACAAGGACCCUUCCAGGGAAAAUUUUUAAUGAUCCUAUAUGGGGUCCAAUAAAGAUGAAUCCUGUCUGUGUCAAGAUUAUCGACACUCCUGAGUUUCAAAGACUAAGAUUUAUAAAACAACUUGGAGGCUGUUCAUUUGUUUAUCCUGGAGCAUGCCAUACACGUUUUGAACACUCCAUUGGAACAUGUUAUUUAGCUGGACUUCUUGUGCGAACUCUCAAGGCUAACAUGUCUACAGAUCCAGAAUAUAAAAAUAUUAAUGAAGAUAUAUCUAUAGAUGAAAAAGAUAUCCUGUGUGUAGAGAUUGCUGGGCUUUGCCAUGAUUUAGGUACAUGUCAUGGGGCAUUCUCACACUUGUUUGACCUGAUGUUUAUUCCUAGGAUUAAUAGAAAAUCAAAGUGGAAGCAUGAGGAGGCUUCCAUUCAGAUGCUAGAUAGGAUCUUCGACCAAAACAUGCAUGAUCUUCAAGAAUGCGCAGAAAUAUAUGGACUUGACCUACAGAAAAAUUCUAAACAUAGACAAUUUAUUAAGGAUUUAAUAAAAGGGAAGAAGGACAGAAAGCAAAAAGAUGCUAAAAAGGACUUUCUUUACGAGAUUGUGGCUAAUGAAGAGAAUAAAAUUGACGUGGAUAAAUGGGAUUACUUUUCUAGAGAUUGUCAUAUGCUGGGUCUGAAGCAUGACUUUCAGAUCAUGCGAAGCAUAAUGCUGGCUCGUGUCAUCAAGUACAAGCGGGGACACCGCAUUUCGUUUCCCAAAAAGGCAGGUCUUUUAUGAAAGCAUAUGAUUUUACCAGAGUAUUUGAAAAUUUUCUAUUUCUAAUCAAAGUAUCAAU